GAACAAAACAUUUGCAAUGGCUAAAGUUAUUUUACAAAACACCACAACAAUGUUUUUUAAGGACCGCUAUUUAUGAAGAGUUUCUAGUUUCUCUUCCGCCUCCCUGCCAGAGAGGGCGGGGUUGUCUCCUACCUGCCCGACAGCGGAGGUAAUAAUGGCGACCUAGUUGGACAACAUUGCUCGAACACCGACUUCCACCUUCUUUCCUUCCCGGUCUAAGAUUCUUGCCGUAUCUUUUUCAGUCCACAGCCAUGAGCCAACCAGCCCGUUCAAAGCAAGGCCACCGAGAGAGGAAUGGCGAUCGCCGGCAGCCCCGUGAGCCACACGAUGCGGGGCGUUCGUCAGCUGACAGAUCCUCUUCACAAGACCCGUACUAUUCCAGAGAAGCCGAUCAUCGGCCCACACGUACGCAGGGUGUGUCGCGUGAACGUCAGGACUCCAAAUGCACAAACGUGUGCUCCAGGAGAGGUGUGGUUCUGAUCUGCUCGGUGCUGACCAACGCCCUGGUGCUCAUCUGCGUGGUGGCCGCCCAGAUGGCCAUGUCGGGCUUGUCCGCCACGGGCGGCCUGGGCGGCUUCGACAUCAACUCCAACUUUAACCUGCAGGGCACCGAGCUGCAGAAAGUGCGGGAACUGGACGCGCAGUUCGGCCAGAUGAGAGCGCCGGGAAUCUACGGCGGCGUGGCCUUCAGCCUGACGAUGGGCGUGGUCUCGCUCCUGUUUGUGGUGGCGGGCAACAAGCCCCCCCACCACAUGUCCCGGAGGCUUCUUUACGGGGCGCUGGCGUUCCAGGCCGUGGGGGCCGUGGCCUACGUGGUGGCCGUUGGUCUUUAUCUGCAUUUCGUCAUGCGGGUCAACGCCACUGAUGUUUGCAUUCAGCGCGAGCGGCUGUACGCACGAAACGGGUACACUUGGAUGAACUGUGAUGUCGGCGGCGGGGACGCAGCCGUGGCGUUGUUUGGACUCAUCACGGCUUGCUUGUAUACCGCCGGAACGGUGCUCACCUUCCAGACCAUCCGUAGGGUAAAGCGCUACUUGCAAGAGCGUAAACGCCGUGAGGGGGAACGAGAGCCGCCGCGCUCCCACCCACAGAGGGCGCCACUGAGGGCCGAAAACCACGUCUGUAUGAACAUGCUCCAAAUACAGUAUUGACCCAAAUAGAAAGUUAUUUUAGUAGCUUUUUGUCAAAUCUGAGCCGGUAAAAAUGGAUUAAAAUCCUAACCAAUAUGUUUAAGCUAAACAACAUUUUGGUUUGAUUUGUUUGGAAGUCACAAAAGAUGCUGGAUAAUGUUUUUACUGCACCGUCUUUUUGUCAGAUGAUUAAAAUAUUUUAUUACCGAACAAAGUGAACGUUUGAAAACGGGUUCUGAUACCAAAUUCAAAGAUGACGGCGAACCAUCUUUUUGUCAGAUGAUUAAAAUAUUUUAUUACCGAACAAAGUGAACGUUUGAAAACGGGUUCUGAUACCAAAUUCGAAGAUGACGGCGAGACACAAAGCAGCGAAUCUACCAGAUUUUGCCUCACUGAUCAUAAAACAGGAUCUCGGUUUUCAUGACCAUCUUUAUUAAAGACAUCAGUCAACAUGAUGGAGUUAUCAGGAAACUUACAUCUUUUAAGAGCUUCCUUGUGCAGUUUUUGAGAAUGACGUAACAGUUCUGAGAACAUUCACCAGUCAGAUCCUCUUGUUCAGCAUUUGCUCACCACUCUGUAACACAAAUGGAAUAACAGCCUUCUGAAAUACAUCUUUUCUCUCAGAGAACACUAGCAUGAAUCAGUGACCAGGUCACUUUAAGACUUUGAAACUCUUUGGAGUUAAAAGUUCUACUAACCAGACCCUCCAGGAUUUCGAAAUGAUGCAAUUGCUCUUAUUCUCGCAAAUUCAACCAGUCCAAAAAUGAUAUGCAACCUAGAAACUUUGUCCAAUCCCCACAAUUGUUCUGCCAAUGUUUAUUUUCGCCAAUUAAAUGUUUCCCUGGUACUCGUCUAACCGAUCAAAUGGGUUUCUGUAUGUUGAAGUGUGACAAUUUAUCCUUUUAUAAUCUCCGCUGUAGAUUGUACUAAAAAAAAAAUUCCCGGGCUUCUCAACAAAAGUUGGGGUAAACUGCAAGCAAUGUGUUGUAACAAAGAUGAAAGAGUGCAACUUUAAUGCAGACGGCGGCCAAUAAGGAAGCCUUUGUUUUGCCGACUCUGCACAAAUUUGUGUCAAUUGGUCACACUUGUA